AUGAUAACGAGUACAUAUCACCCUGGAGAAAAAAUUGAGAAUGAAUUUUUGAAGGAAAAGAUUCGCUCAAAAAUUAACGAAAUGCUAAAAUGGAAAAGGAGAGGUUUUCCAGGUUGUAAUCCUGUUUCUUUAACAAAUCAUAAUAUAAAAAAUUUAUUUACUAAAGAUUAUUUAAUAUGUGAGAAAACAGAUGGAGUACGCUACUUUUUGUUUAUAGCAUCAAAUACAACAUUUUUAAUUGAUAGAAAUUAUGAAAUUUUUAAGAAUGAUAUGCAUAUACCAACUUUAGAAGAUUUAUCCAAAAAACAACAACUAACUUUAUUAGAUGGAGAGUUAGUUGAAGAUAUUAUAUAUAAUAAAAAAACUGGAGUAGAAGAAAAAAAAAUUGUUUAUUUAAUUUAUGAUGGUUUAUAUAUACAAAGAAAAGAUAUAACAAAUUUAUCUUAUUUUGAGAGAUUAACAAAUGUGUAUAAUUAUGUUAUAACACCUUUAAAAAAAUAUAAAAAAUCGCAAAAAAAAAAAAAAAUAAAAAAUAAUUUACAAUCUAAUAAUGAAAAUGAAUCUCUAUAUAUUGAACUUGAUGAAAAAGAUAACACUAAAAAAAGAAAAAGUAAUUUAAAUAAUAUCUUAGCAGAAGAAGAAAAGGUAUUGAUAUCUCAAAAUAAAAAUGACCAUCCACAUAUUAAUAAUAAAAAUGGGAAUACUCUUGAUAUGAAUAAUUUUAAUAUGGAUAAUUCUAAUAUGGAUAAUUCUAAUGUGGAUAAUUCUAAUAUUAAUAAUAUUAAUAUGAAUCAGAAACUAAAUAAUCCUAAUGAAAAAAAUAAUUUAAUAAUGAAUCAUGCAAUUCUUAGCGAAGAAAAUAAUAAUACUAUAAAAAACAUCGAAACGAAUGAUAAUAUUAAUACUUUAAAUAAUUGUAACUUUCUGUUGUGUAAACGAGAAGAACAUAGAGAAGAAAAAGAAGAUGAGGAAGAAGAAGAAGAAGAAGAAGAAGAAGAAGAUGAACGUUCGUUUUCAUCUGAUGAUACUGCUUCAACAAUUCAUGAGGAAGAAAUUCCUUUUGAAAUAUAUUUAAAAGAUUUUUAUCCAAUAGAAAAAAUAUGUGAACUUAUAAAAAUUAUGAAAAAGCUACCUCAUUAUUCUGAUGGUAUUAUUUUUACACCUUUACAUUCACCAUAUAUAACAGGUAAUUUUUAUCAACUCCUAAAAUGGAAACCUCUAAAUUUAAAUACUGUCGAUUUUGGCAUAGAAACUAUAUACGAUGAAUAUAAUAUUCCUAGUAAAUUUGAACUCUUUAUAUCUAUAAACGGGGUAAGGACAUCUUAUAAAUGUUAUCUUGCUGAGUAUGGAGAUGUCUACAAAGAAUUGUUACAAUUGGCUAUUUCAAAUAAAAUAUCACAUUAUAUUAUUGAAUGUUAUUAUGUAUCCAAAAAUAUCUUCUCAAUUUGUAAAGGUGAAAAUGGUAAGGAACAAAAAGUAGAAGGAGGGUGGAUAGCUCAAAAAAUAAGAUUCGAUAAAAAUAUUCCAAAUGAUAUAUCAACACUAAAUAAAGUUAUACAAAGUAUACUUGAUAAUAUUACUAUAGAUUCGUUAAUCAAAGAAAUAUCGAGAAAUAGAAAAGGAAAAUAA